ACAGAACAUUCAGUACAGAGGCCAGAGUGCCAUCGAAGGUAAUUACAGGGAGAGUAAAGUUCCUUUAUGCCAGCAAAAACACUGGGUGUUUCAGGGAAUUUCAGAACCUGAUUUCAAAAGGAUCAUACAGGGAGGAACUAAAAUUUAGCAUGGUGGACUCCUCUACAGCAUGUAUUUGUCAAUGGAAUUUUUCCACAUAUCUUACCACCAGUAUGAGAAAAAAAUGAUUAUUGUUGAUGUGAAGCUUGGUGAGUUUCUCCAAUUUAAAUCAAUUCUAUACCUUCUCAGUUUAAGUCACUCUUUCACAGGAAACUCUUUUUCUUGUCAAAAUAGACUUGUAGUUCUAGGGAAUAGUUGAGGCUCAUUUUUAUUUUUACCAGUAAAUGACCAUGUGUGCUCUGAUUUAAAGGGUCUAAUUUCACCAAAAAUGUUCUUAAUUGGAUUUAACAAUACGCAAGACAAAUAUGAUUUAUCAACAGGAUAUUUUAAUCAAAUUCUAACUGUCAAGAGCUAUACUUUAAAUUUUCUUUAGAAUUUACUCCUUUGGGGAACAAAAAUAUUUCUUAAAAGUUUGCAAUUGUAAAUAGGAAAGUGUUUAACUCUGUCACUCUAUGUAUUGGUAACUCUAGACAUGGAUGCGCUCCUUAAUGAUAGAUAUUGUUGAACACAAGACUGCACUAGUUAUUUUGGAAGUUCUUUGUCCUCACACUGUGAAUUGUAUUUUCUUCGUUUUGUCAGAUGAAGUUCCAAAGUCUGCCUUUUCUAUUCUCCUUUUAGAAAAAGAUAAAGCCUGGGCUGACUAAACUCUACCUGAAUUUUAAAGUCAAAGUUACACUGACCGGAGUGGGGAAAGUCAGAAAAAUGAGCAGGCGGAAUUGUUGGAUUUGUAAGAUGUGCAGAGAUGAAUCUAAGAGACCCCCUUCAAACCUUACUCUGGAAGAGGUAUUACAGUGGGCCCAGUCUUUUGAAACACUGAUGGCUACAAAAUAUGGCCCGGUGGUCUAUGCAGCGUACUUAAAAACAGAGCACAGUGACGAGAAUAUUAAAUUCUGGAUGGCAUGUGAAACCUAUAAGAAAACUGCCUCACAGUGGAGCAGAACUUCCAGAGCAAAGAAGCUUUAUAAGGUUUACAUCCAGCCACAGUCCCCUAGAGAGAUUAACAUUGACAGUUCAACAAGAGAAGCUAUCAUCAAAAAUAUUCAAGAACCCACUCAAACAUGUUUUGAAGAGGCUCAAAAAAUAGUGUACAUGCACAUGGAAAGGGAUUCCUAUCCCAGGUUUCUGAAGUCAGAAAUGUACCAGAAACUUCUGAAGACUAUUCAAGCCAACAACAAUUCUUGA